AUGCGAGUGAAAAUCGAUGGUUUGAAGUUCUACCCUCUUUGCCUUGUAGACGUUGAUGACAUCGUGCUUAUAACACCAAACAUCAGCCAAGCGGAACGUAUGCUUGCCGACUUUGACAAAGUCUGUAGAAAGAUUAGUUUUGGAAUGAAUCUCACAAAAGCAAUGUUUAUGAGGAACGGAUUGGUUUCGUAUGCCCCAUUUACGCUCAACGGAACGAAUAUCUCCGAAUGCUCCAGUUAUGUCUACCUGGGUCGGGAGAUCAACAUGAUGAACGACCUAGCUCCAGAGCUGUGCAGAAGGAAACGGGCGGCUUGGGGAGCUUUCAAAAACCUCGAGAAUGUAGUGAACAAGACAAAGAACACCCAAACGCAUGCCUAA